AUGUCAGGAAGUUAUGGCGCUAUUGACAGCGCCAGUUGGACAGACUACGCAUCAGUUCUGGAGCACACUCAGCAGCGCUCCGGACAGAAGUCGGCUCUGGGCGCCAGAUCCGUGCCCGUGUGGACGUCGUGUCGGUGGAUGAUCGCCUACGCGUGCUUCACUGGCUCUGUGGUCACCCUCUCCCUCCAGCAAGACAUGAGUAUGGCUCUAGUGUGUAUGUUCCCGCGAGUAGAGCCGCCAACAAACAGUACAGCGCUGCACUGGGUGGACAUAGCCUCCAGUCCACCAACCAACUCCACAACUCCACAUACCACGUCCUUAGACUGGAGCGAAGAAACCCAAGGUUUCAUCCUCUCCGCCCAGUUUUAUGGCGGACUGGUAUCCCCUAUAAUAGGUGGCUACUUGUCUACACGUUAUGGUGGAAAAUGGGUCCUGGUGGUUGCCACGUCAUGUGCGGUUUUGUCCACGGCCACGACACCUCCCUUAGCCUGGGAGAGUCCCUGGCUGGUCUUCACACUCCGUGUUAUAUUGGGGUUUGCUUUGGGCAUGUUCAACCCUGCUGUUCAGGCUCUGUUGACGAAGUGGGCCCCGGUGUUCGACAGGGCGAAGAUGAUUGCCUUCUGCUUUUCAGGCGGGGUAGCAUUGCUCUGGAUACUCUGGAUUCUGCUUUGUGUCUACGACUCGCCCGAGAAACACCCGAGAGUUUCCGAGAUUGAGCGCCAUUACAUAUUGUCUGGCAUGACACGGUCUCACAAGAAAGAGAUCAGGCGGUUACCGUGGAUUCACAUGAUGAAGUCACUUCCGCUUUGGGCUUGCAUCGUCAGUCAGUUUGUCAACGUCUUCUGUCAGCUCGUCCAACAACUUAACGUGCCUAUGUACAUGAGGGAUGUCCUGCGUUUCUCCAUAGAGCAGAAUGGUCUUCUGUCCACAUUGCCCGCCUUUGGACGACUACUUGGUGCGAUUUUGUGCGGGUUUGUGUCUGAUAUGUUUAUCAGGAAGAAAUACCUGUCCGUGUCAGCUACCAGAAAGUUAUUCUUUUGUAUAGGGUUUGUAGUGCCGGGCGGAGCGCUGUUUGGUCUAGCCUACCUAACCAGUGACCAGCGCCUGUACGCCGUAGUCCUGCUGGUGAUCGCUGGUACCUCCUCCUCAGCCGGAAUGCUAACUAUCCGGGUGAACCUCACCGACAUAGCUCCAAGACACGCCAGUAUACUACUGGGUAUCUUGAUGACAGUAACGGGGCUCGUGGGUAUGAUUACGCCAGUACUGGUCACAGUCCUCACGACCCAGGGGACACAAGAGGAGUGGAGGGUCGUGUUUUUUAUGUGCACUGGAUUGUAUAUCUUCGGCACAUUGGUGUUUGUGCCCUUCGGUUCGUCUGACGAACAAUGGUGGUCGUCUGAAACCGAGGACAGUGUGGCGCUGUUGGGAGAACAGGCUAGGGGCAGUCACUAUCGAAAUGGCUAUGUGGUGACCAAUCAGCUGAUUGUACCUAAUCCGGGGUCAAAUUCACGUCGUUCUUUCGAUAACGGUCAGCCAAAAGGACAGACGUUUUUAGAGUCAGUUUCAUGA